UUGCUUUACCAGACCUUUGGAGAUGCGAGGUUUUGAAAAGCCCUUCUGCGUUUUCGAUUCCCGCCCCCCACCUUUUGUCGCUGCGACCUUGUAGAUUCUGACGGCUUGCGACAGCGGUGGAGCAUUUGUUUUGCUUUGCUCCUCCUAGAUAUUUGCUUCAUUGAGCUGUUGAGCAGUCACUCUUUGCGAGUGCAGUCGCCGCGCUUUUGACCAGCACAGUGCUUUUUCGCUAUUUGUCAGUUUGCUGAAAUUGGUGCUCCCGUUUUGGAUUCCAGCAGCGCUUUUGCGACACGUUCCCCUCUCCGCGAUUUCAUGUUGAGGUGGGACCAGUGGGACCAUGGACAGAGGAGACAUGGAAUCCAAAAAGCGAUCCCACUCGCCUGAUGCAGGGAGUGGAGCAUCUCAUCGAUACGGAUCAGAUUCUUCGCUUUCACUACCAUCCUUCUCACCAGCGGCUCCAUCUGAAAGAUAUAAUUUACCACCACUCUCCAGCCUCACCUCGUUUGCUGCCGGUGGUGGGCCCCCGCCGCCGCCAUCUCUUCAUGGGCAUAUGCGGAGAUCUGGAUCUGAGGCGUCUCCCCCGCCACCCGUCAACAGUGCCAAGCGCUUGCGACUGGAUGACACUGGAUCGGUUGGAUCUGCUGGAAGUCGGGAUCGGUCGCAGUACGGGUCGCCGGCAGGCGCUGAUGACCUAGGCGGUGGUCGCAGGCAUUACAUGCACUCGAUGCCGGAACUUCCUGGUAUAGCUUCCAUUACCGGACGUCCAGCACAAAACCCACCAGCAAUGCCACUGUUUUCACCGGGGGCAAUGCCUCCUUCAGCAUCAUCCCAUGACGUCGAUCAUAGGUCCAUCCUCCCGUCCGCUGGACAUAGAGUGGUACCCGAAUACACAGGCACUGCUCCGCCCACCCUUCCGUCCUUGAAAUCUUUUAGCGCUGAUGCUCUUCCAGAACGGACGCGAGGGUCUCCUGUUCUCAGUAGUCAUUACGCGGCAUCCGAUUCUACACGAUAUGGACCGUCUGGUGCUCCGCAUUACUCUUCUUCAGCCUCUGUGCUAACUCCUUCUGGUGGAACUAAUGCAAUAGUACAGUCAUCUCCUGGCCUCCUUUCCAGUAAUAGAAUGACAUUACCGCCAUUCAAUGCAAGUUCUCCGGUCAGCAAAGUGCCAAAGCCGCCAGCAACCAAUCUCUAUAAGAGAGAAGGUAAUGCGACCACUUCAACCAGUGGUACAGCGUCAACAUCAGUGACUAGCAGAGGUUCACCCUAUCAGUCGCCCCGGUUGUCCCCUGCGUUGAACCCUACCAUUGCAACGAUACCCCCUCCGGCAGCGUCAUUUCUUCAAGCAGCGAAUGGCACUGGACCUGCAUUUGCCGCCAACCCCUUUGGCGUAUCCCAAUACGGUCCCAACUAUUACCCCUCUGCCGUGAAGCGUCUAGAUUAUGAGCGAAAGGACAUACCAAGUGUCCUCUCCCGAGUACCCAACCCACCAUCUUCCGCGGGAGAACCAUCGACUCCCCUAGGAACGUCUUCCAGUGAACUGCAUGCUGUCGGAGCACUUUUACAUGCUGCUUCUGCCGGUUCACCUACAGACCGCGACACUGGCUCUGGGGAUGGCGACUUGGACGAAUCAGGUGCUGCUGGCAAUUCGGAAGAUUUGGAAUCAGAGGACCUACGCAGUGGUGCUGCACUUCGAAGACGGACCAAGGGGCCCGAUUCAGAAGCGGGCGAGCCGCUUGGGCGUGUCCUCAUAAUGGGGGUCCGUAAAGCUGAUAUGGAAAAAGCUAAAGAAGAAGCAAAACGAAAACGUAAACCUGGGGAUGUUGCUGUUGUGAAUGAUGAAAGAUUAAUUAAGUUGCCGAAAAAUGUCGAAGAGAGAUUUUUAGGACAUGUUAAUUAUACUGGUCCCCGCGUGAAAGUUCCCGGGUCUAUCCGAGUAGAAGAUAUUGAACUCUUCCUGCUACCUCAGUUCACUAGCGAACAUCAUUACAGUACCAUCGAAGUUCGCAUUCCAGCGCACUUGCUGACAUUUAAGAACAAUGUUGCCGUGCGGCGAUCGGCCGUGUGGGGAACUGAUGUAUACGCUGAUGAUUCCGAUGUUGUUGGCAUGAUUAUUCAUUCUGGAUGGUACAAACCAAUUGACUCACCCGUAACAAAGACUGUCCGCGCUCUGGGAUUGACGACAGAGCGUCGGGAACCUGAAACUCAGAUUAAGCAGGAGCCGUUGAGUCCUAACGACGAAGACAAGAAUGGCCAACAGGUUAGCACAACAGUCGAAGAUAGCGCGACGCAGAGCAGUGUACCCCCAGAAACAGCCACCGUGCGCGUACUACCCCAACCUCCACCAGAGCCCAUCACAGGAAAGGUAGAUCCGCGGGACGGACUACCCGACCACGAUUUACACGUGACUUUGAGGAUACUACCAAGAUUGGUCAAGUACAGUGGCUCUUCGCGUAACGGAAUAGAAUCACGGGGAUGGGGUGGUUUGCAUGAUGGAGAGAGCGUGCGAAUCGAGAACGUUGUGUUGGCUGAUAAAGGUACUGUGGGUCGUAAGGGACGAAAGACGGGUGCCAAGGGAUGGAGCGCGAUGGCAAGAAUCGUCGCUCGUGAACUGAUUGCUAUGGAACAAGGAGACGACGAUGGGGAAGGAGACUGGGGGUGGGGCACAAAAGAGCCUGCAGAAGGUUUCGGAACUGUCACGUUUGUUUUCUCUGACUUUGAUGGAGAAGCCUGUUUGAAAUACUCGCCAAAAUUAUUGAUAGACUGGCCACCGUAUUUACGAGAUCUUUUUUGGGAUUCAGAAACAUGCCUUCAACGCGCUCGAGAGAAAGGCAAACAUUACGCAGACGGCACAGAGUCGGCGUCUCAGCGAGCGCAGGAAAUAGUUCAACGCCGCGUAGAAGUGCAAGAGCGAAAAGCCGAGUUCACAGGGGAAGAGCUACGACGUAUGCGUGAUUGGCCAUACUGGCGCAUUAGGAUGUUAAAGGAUACCUUGUUUUUGGAAGAUGGGUAUGGUAAAAGAUAUGAGCUAUCCCGUCGCAAAGAAGGUGAUUCCCAAGCUGAAUUAUACCAGCUAACAGAAUGCAAAGGUGGCCUGGGACGGCCGACUCAGCCUUCACCUCCCGCACCCGCUGUCCAUGCGGAAAACCUUGGAUGGCAAGAUUUGGAGUGGACGGAAGCGGGUGUGGCUUUUGCUAAUGGCGAACGUGUAGCUGUUGCUAGAUUCUUCUGGCGACGACAAGACCGUCCUGUGGAGCAAGAGAGAAAACACUUGACGCCCGUGGAGCGAGACCGCAAGAGGCCGCGGGAAGAGGAAUCAGCUAGUGAAGAAGGUAUAGAUGUGGAGGGACAGGCGACUGCUGAAGCACAGCAUCAGUCAUUGCCAGAACAACCAGUAAAAAGACGACGAACGGAGGAAACGGCGUCUGUCGAAUCUGUGACGACGGCACCAACGAGCAUGCCUCAAGAUUCCGCAGCCUCCACACCCACCAGCGCGUCCGACAACAGUAAAGUAGUCGCCAACCAUGCCGCCCCAGCUGGAGUACAGUCUCCAACGAGUAAAACAACCUCCUCUCCGGCCAUACCCGCACUCAGUGCUCAGCCGGAUGUUCCUUCGACCACCUCCCUCCUACCGGCAUAGUUCCAGUGAUUAUACCAUCAAGCAAAGUAGAUGCUUGGCCGCAAUAUCUACCUUUGAGGGGAAGCCCAGUCUCACUUCCAUGCAAAGCUUGAGUAGAACGCUGUAAAUGUUCCAGGGAGUCAUAGUUGCUACUCUUAUUCGCAUAAAGCUGUCGUUGCGCAUUGGGUUGUAAAGUAAAUAGAGCGAAUUGUGUCCUCAUUUCGUUUCCCCAUGCCUGGCGCUUUUUUAAAUUGUGAAAUCGGUGUGCGA